CGCGACUUCCCUCGGCGGCCCGGGCUCCGCUCAUCCUGCGGCGGGCGGCGCCGCUCCCGGGGCGGGAAGAGGAGGCGGUAGACGCGGCCGGAGAAGAUGUCGGGCCAGACGCUCACGGAUCGGAUCGCCGCCGCUCAGUACAGCGUGACAGGCUCCGCUGUAGCCAGAGCGGUGUGCAAAGCCACCACUCAUGAAGUGAUGGGCCCCAAGAAGAAGCACCUGGACUAUUUGAUCCAGGCUACCAAUGAGACCAAUGUUAAUAUUCCUCAGAUGGCGGACACGCUCUUUGAGCGGGCAACAAACAGUAGCUGGGUGGUUGUAUUUAAAGCUUUAGUCACUACGCAUCAUCUCAUGGUGCAUGGAAAUGAGAGAUUUAUUCAGUAUUUGGCCUCUAGAAAUACACUAUUCAAUCUCAGCAAUUUUUUGGACAAAAGUGGAUCCCAUGGUUAUGAUAUGUCUACCUUCAUAAGGCGCUAUAGUAGAUAUUUGAAUGAAAAGGCUUUCUCUUACAGACAGAUGGCAUUUGAUUUUGCCAGAGUGAAGAAAGGGGCUGAUGGUGUCAUGAGGACAAUGGCUCCUGAGAAACUACUGAAGAGUAUGCCCAUACUACAGGGACAGAUUGAUGCGCUGCUGGAAUUUGACGUACAUCCAAAUGAACUAACAAAUGGUGUCAUAAAUGCUGCAUUUAUGCUUCUUUUCAAGGACCUUAUCAAACUUUUUGCUUGCUACAACGAUGGAGUUAUUAAUUUACUUGAAAAGUUUUUUGAAAUGAAGAAAGGACAAUGUAAAGAUGCUCUAGAAAUUUACAAACGAUUUCUAACUAGGAUGACACGAGUGUCUGAAUUUCUCAAAGUUGCAGAGCAAGUUGGCAUUGAUAAAGGUGACAUUCCUGACCUCACACAGGCUCCCAGCAGUCUUAUGGAGACCCUUGAACAGCAUCUAAAUACAUUAGAAGGAAAGAAACCUGGAAACAAUGAAGGAUCUGGUGCUCCCUCUCCAUUAAGUAAGUCUUCUCCAGCCACAACUGUUACGUCGCCUAAUUCUACACCAGCUAAAACUAUUGACACAUCCCCUCCAGUUGAUUUGUUUGCAACUGCAUCUGCGGCUGUACCAGUCAGCGCUUCUAAACCAUCUAGUGAUCUCCUGGACCUGCAGCCAGACUUCUCCUCCGCAGGGGCGGCAGCAGCCGCGACACCAGCACCACCACCACCACCUUCAGGAGGCUCCACUGCGUGGGGGGACCUCUUGGGAGAGGAUUCUCUGGCUGCACUUUCCUCUGUUCCCUCCGAAGCACAGAUUUCAGAUCCGUUCGCACCAGAACCUACUCCUCCUGCUACAACUGCUGAAAUUGCAACUACUUCAGCCUCUGCCUCAACUACUACAACUGUCACUGCUGUCACUGCUGAAGUGGAUCUCUUUGGAGAUGCCUUUGCAGCUUCUCCCGGGGAGGCCCCUGCAGCAUCCGAAGGGGCCACUGCGCCAGCACCCCCGACCCCUGUAGCCGCGGCGCUUGAUGCGUGUUCAGGAAACGACCCCUUUGCCCCGUCUGAAGGUAGUGCAGAGGCUGCACCCGAGCUGGACCUCUUUGCAAUGAAGCCACCUGAGACCAGUGUUCCUGUAGUUACCCCUACAGCUAGCACAGCCCCUCCGGUUCCCGCCACCGCUCCUUCUCCUGCUCCCGCCGUCGCAGCUGCCACCGCUGCCACUACCGCUGCCACCACAGCUGCUGCUGCCACCACUGCCACCACCUCCGCCGCCACCACCACCGCUCCUCCUGCUCUAGAUAUCUUUGGUGAUUUAUUUGAGUCUGCUCCCGAAGUCGCCCCCGCGCCUAAGCCAGAUGCUGCUCCUAGCAUAGACCUGUUUGGGACAGAUGCUUUCUCCUCUCCACCACAAGGGGCCUCUCCCGUGCCUGAGAGUUCUCUCACUGCUGACCUCCUAUCCGUGGAUACAUUUGUAGCACCAUCUCCUGCAACCACUGCCUCGCCAGCAAAGGUGGAUUCUUCAGGUGUGAUAGACCUUUUUGGGGAUGCAUUUGGAAGUAGUGCUUCUGAACCUCAACCUGCACCUCAGGCUGCUUCUAGCUCGUCAGCAUCUGCAGACCUACUAGCUGGAUUUGGGGGUUCUUUCAUGGCCCCUUCUCCAUCACCAGUGACUCCUGCUCAGAAUAACCUGCUACAGCCCAAUUUUGAAGCAGCUUUUGGAACCACGCCUUCAACUUCUAGCAGCAGCUCCUUUGAUCCGUCAGUGUUUGAUGGUCUAGGUGAUCUUCUGAUGCCAACCAUGGCACCAGCCGGGCAGCCUGCGCCCAUCUCAGUGGUACCUCCCAGUUCUGCAAUGGCAGCAAGCAAAGCUCUUGGGAGUGAUCUUGACUCAUCUCUUGCCAGCUUAGUAGGCAAUCUUGGAAUUUCUGGUACCACGUCCAAAAAGGGAGAUCUUCAGUGGAAUGCUGGAGAGAAGAAGUUGACUGGGGGAGCCAACUGGCAGCCAAAAGUAGCCCCUGCCACCUGGUCAGCAGGCGUCCCUCCCAGUGCGCCCUUGCAAGGAGCUGUACCUCCAAGUAGUUCAGUUCCUCCUGUUGCUGGGGCCCCAUCUGUCGGACAACCUGGAGCAGGAUUUGGAAUGCCUCCUGCUGGGACAGGCAUGCCCGUGAUGCCUCAGCAGCCUGUCAUGUUUGCACAGCCCAUGAGGAGGCCACCCUUUGGAGCCGCAGCUGUACCUGGCACACAGCUUUCUCCAAGCCCUACACCUGCCACUCAGAGUCCCAAGAAACCUCCAGCAAAGGACCCAUUAGCGGAUCUUAACAUCAAGGAUUUCUUGUAA